AUGUGUAGAUUAUUUUUCUUGCAAUGCUGGCUGAUCCUCUUUGCUUUACUCCAAUUUUCAAACUCUUUCGUUUCUCUUCAAAAUUCUAAUUUUCAUGAAUUCUUUCUCAGUGCAAUUCGUUAUAGAGAUGUUGUUACAAAUAGGAACCCUAAACACAAACAUUCCUUUAGGGCUGGGAAGAUUGAGCUCGUUAAGAGCCUUAAGGAACAGCUGAAGGAAUCUCAAGCUAUUCUGCAGUUUCGUGUAACGCGUAUGAACCACGGGGUUAGGUCAUACAUUAAGGACAAUAUUAUGAAGCACAUAGAGGCCCAGGAUGGUAAGCUUCCCUACAAGAUGCAAAUAGUCAAAAACACAAUGAUGUCGAGGGCUAUAGCUGGAACUCGGUUUGAGGCUUUAACUCCGAACUUGGAAAAGACAAAUUUGUACUUUUUCGUUUACGACGAUACCAUUGUUCCCAAGCUUGUUUCUGUGAUUAAUGGGAUGAGGCUCGCUUCGAAGAUUGUCAAAUGGCGUUUCGAGCCUUCUUUCGCCUGUUUUGACAACACUGUCAUUGACUCUCUUAGGCUUCGUUGUCUAAGUUCUCUUCCUGAGAAGUCUGAUUUAUGUGCUAGAAUUCCUCACUUUCUACGUCUUCCAGUUUAUAGGCUCAUUGACUCACUUAGGGUUUCUCAGUCUCUUGUUAACUCUUUAAACCAAAUUUACCUUAAUUUAAACUCAACAAUUAGCCAAAUCAAAAAUGAAUAA